AGAGUGGAAGUGGGAGUUAAAGGAAAACAAAGAGCUUUCCUGUUGUUGGUGUAGCUCAGGACAAGUCAGAACGAGAGAGCGGGCAAGGAAAGAGAAGGAGAAAGAGAGGAGAGAGGCAUAGGGACAGAAAGGCAAGGAAGGUGAGGGAGACAUUGAGGGAGGGCAAGUGCGAGAGAGGGAAACCGACAUUGAAAAUAGAAAGGGAGAGAGGGCAGAAGUGGCCAACACUUUGCACAGCCAGCCGAGUUAUGAAGAGGAUAAUGGACUGUGUUACGGUGGUUCUGUUCAGCGUCCUGUGUCUGAUGAGCAUUCCCAGCAGAGGUGAGCCAGACCCUGGCUCCACAGAAGCCUCUCCGGCCAACCCCGCGUCCAUACAGAGGUCGGAAGCGGAGGAGAAACAGGUCAGGGGAGACGUGCCAAACAAUUUUCCGGAACCUGAACCCACAAGCCCCCUCUCGGACUUUGAGAACACAUACAAUUACGUGUUGUCCAGGUUGGCAGCCAUGGACCAGGCCAUCCACAAACUAAAUGUGGGCCACUACACUCUGGAUAUAAAGGUGACCCAGCUCUUGGAUGGGGUGUCCCGGCUGGACGGCCGGAUAGGAGACAUGGAGGAACACAUGCAGCAGGUCGUCCUUUACACCAAGGACAACCGCAAAGAGAUAGGCCGGCUUGAGGGGUGUCAGAAAGGCCGUCGUGUCGGCCACAAGUGCUACCUGGUCUACCGCAGCUACGAGAACUACGCCGGCGCCAACGCAAAAUGCCAGGAGCGUGGUGGGAGGAUGGCUAUGCCCAGAGACAGGAAAGAGCAGGAGGCACUUGCAGACUACGUCAAAAACUUCUUUCACCCUGGGAACUGGCCGGUCUGGUUGGGUAUCAAUGACCUACUCACCGAGGGACAAUACCUGUUUGAGGACAUGACGCGCGUCUCUUACUUUCAGUGGCGCAAGCACUUCUUAUCUAGCCAGCCGGACGGAGGGAAGCGCGAGAAUUGCGUGGCAAUGUCGUCGGAUGACGGCGACUGGUGGGACCACUACUGUGAUAGAAACAUGUACUACCUCUGUGAAUUCGAUGCCUAAGUGACACCCAAGCAGUCCAACCGCCAUCUGAGUUAUAGUGGAUUGUCCACUCUUUCCUCCACUUUCUAUCCUUCUGCUUCCACGAUUUUCUGUGUGGUGUUGUAUGGCCUAUACUGUAGACGAGUUUCAUAGACAUGGAAUGGUUGAAUGUACGACAUAUUCUCUGACAAACGUCGUGUUGGAGCAGAUUGGCCCUUAAAGCCAAGACAAUGCAAAUAACCAGAAAAUGACUUUACACUUUCUAUGAGCAGCUUUCCCAGAAGUGAGCCUCACAUUUGUAUGUAAAUUCUGUUCUAUGAUUGGCAGGUCUCUGUCACAGAUUCACACCCAGACAAUAUGAGUUCAAGUAUUGAGUAAUUUACUGUGUACAGUAGAGUACUGUCAUUCAAUGAUCAAUUAUUCACAGACAUUGUAGGCUUCAACGAUUCUAAUGUUAAACAAUAAUACACAAUUCUGUCAAAAAACAGAAUGUUAAAAUACUGUAAGCAGACUCGUAACGCACAAUGUAAAAGCUCCAUAAAUAAAUUAUAUUCAGUAAAAUCAGUACACUGAAUGCUGUUUUAUGUUGAUUCACUAAGAGAUGUGAGCAAAGCAAUAAAAAACAUCUACAAAAGC